UGGGAUGGCCUCAUCAGAGCAGCGGGUCGUGUGUGUGGGGCUCAUCUGCUUCGACAUGAUCACUGUAUGCGACGGCUUUCCACUCGAAGAUACCGACACGCCCUGCAGGGAGCAGCACUGGGCGCGCGGCGGAAACGCGUCGAACAACUGCACGGUGCUGCGGCAGCUCGGCGUGCCGUGUGAACUCGUGGGCACCCUCGCGGCCGACGACGCCGCCAAGUUCCUACGCGACGACCUCUCCACGUGUGGCAUCCCUCACGACCGCUGCGUCGAGGACCCCGCAGGGGCGACGCCCACCGCCUUCAUCAUCAUCAACGCCCUCAACGGCUCGCGCACGAUACUGCACGAGAGCACGCGCGCCUCGGAAGUGACGGCGGCGCAGUUCGCCGACGUCGACUUGCGGGGGUGCGCCUGGGUGCACUUCGAGGGCCGAUCGCGAAACGUGGCGGAGAUGCGCGAGAUGGUGGCGAGGAUUCGCCGCGACGACGCCGCAGACUCCGUCGUCGUGUCUGUCGAGCUCGAGAAGCCGCGGCGCGAGAUGGAGCAGCUUCUCCCGCUCGGAGAUUUCGUCUUCGUCAGCAAGGAGUUUGCCGUCUUCAGCGGGUACGAGUCGAUGCGGGCGGCGGUCGAGGGCCUGCGGGAGAAAGUCCGCGGUGGCGCCACCGUCAUUUGUCCGUGGGGAGAAGAGGGUGCUUGUGCGAGCACGUCUGAUGGCACGGUGUUCACGGCCGCAGCCGAGCCGCCGGAAAAGGUCGUGGACACGAUUGGGGCGGGCGACACUUUCAUAGCAGCCUGCAUCGCGCAGCUGUACAAAGGCGCCUCUGUGGAAGCGGCCAUUCAAGCAGGCUGUCGGGUGGCAGGUGCAAAGUGCGGCCAGAUGGGACUCAAGGACCUGAAAUUACCUCCUCCUUCACCCCUCUGCAAACCACGUGAGGGGACAAAUUUCUAGUGCGCAGUAUCUGUGACACUGUCGCCAUCUUUUUAGCGCAGGUUAAACACACUUCAACACUUUUAACCUCACAAUGAUAUCAGGAAUGUAUAGAUAAUAAUAAUAUAUAAUAAUAGAUCUAGAUACACUCCUGCUGAUACAGGGAAGUCUUGACAAUAAUAUCAAGCCAUAGACGUAAUUGGUUAAAUAUUUUAUUCGUAACAUGAAGACUAUGGUGUAGUCUUGAAAUCUGGUAGUAUCAUUUUGCAUUCUCACUCACUAUAUAAGAAAUGCUGUGGCAAAAUGUACAGUGUC